UGAAGACUCCUCUGAGGUCGCGCUGUUGUACUUCCUGUUCGGCGGUAAAGCGUGUUCUGGUGGACGAAGUACAAACGUUUCUUAUCGGAAAGAAACCAAAUAAAUUCAUCCUUUGGACAGAUAAAGUAACACAGACAUGAGUUUACCUCUGAACCCAAAGCCUUUCCUGAACGGCCUCACAGGCAAACCAGUGAUGGUGAAACUGAAGUGGGGUAUGGAGUAUAAAGGCUACCUGGUGUCUGUGGACGGCUACAUGAAUAUGCAGCUGGCAAACACAGAGGAGUACGUGGACGGAGCAUUAGCGGGUCAUCUUGGGGAAGUGCUCAUCAGGUGCAAUAACGUUUUGUACAUCCGAGGUGUAGAAGAAGAAGAAGAGGACGGAGAGAUGAGGGAGUGAUGUCGAUGAAGAGGACUUGUUCUGUUUGAGUGUGAUUGUACUUUGUAAUCAAGCUGAUGUAUGUUUGUGUUUUCACCAUGUGAAACAGAUGAACGCUUGUUUUUCCCUUUAUUUUCAUUUUUUUACUGUAUGUGAGACCAGUUUUAAGUUGUGACAUUGUGAUACAAACACAAUAAAUAAUUUCUUCCCUUUCUUAAA